AUGGCUUCAUUCGCUGCUGCCCCUCCUAACACACAUGCUGGCGGAGAUGACGAAGCACUCCGGACACAUGGAACGAUACCAAUGAACGAUCCACCAGUCUACGCCGAUGAGAGAGUCAACAUGGAGGAAUACAAGAACUCAGUACCUUGGUGGAAGAGAGUGUACCAAGACAGUUUCACCCAGAUGCUGCUUCUAUCUAUGCAAAGUUUCUGUGGUCCAGCCAUGGCAGAUGCCAUCGCAGGUCUUGGUGGUGGCGGUCUUGCUUCGGCUCAAACAAACAACAUCGCCAACGCUAUCAACUACGUUAUGCUCGCACUGGUCUGCUUUCUAGGCGGUCCUCUUGUCAACAAGCUCGGUGUCAAGUGGUCGUUGGUCAUCGGAGCCAUGUCUUUCCCUAUCCAAGGAUCGUCAUACUAUUGCAACAGCAAGUUUGGCAACCAAUGGUACAUCAUCUUUGGCGGUUUUAUCUCUGGAAUUGGCACGGGAGCAUGGUAUGUCGCAGAAAGUGGCACUAUUAUGUCUCUCGCACCUUCCGGGGCACGUGGAAAGUACCUCGCCUUCUGGAUCGUGGCCCGUAACUUGGGCCAAUUAGUCGGAGGAGCAAUCAACCUUUCAAAGAACCAUUUGAAAGGUGCUGAAGCCGGUGUCACUCCCGAGACCUACAUCGCCUUUUUGAUCAUUGAGUGUCUCGCACUGCCAUUCGCCCUGAUGAUCUCUCCUCUCGAACGCGUGGUCAGGUCAGACGGUACCCGUAUCUUGGUCUCUGAGAAGAUUGGAACAAAGCAAGAAUUCAAGCUCAUCAAAACAACCAUGGCCUCUAGCUUGAUCGUCUUGUCUGCCGCUUGGGCUAUGUGGUCAUUCUUCUACUCCGGCACUUGGAGCACCUACCUCGGUAUCUACUUCUCCGUCCGCGCUCGCGCUCUAUCCUCCCUAAUCUCUCCAUUCUUCUGCAUCGUCGGCUGCUUCGGCCUCGGCUUCAUCCUCGACAUGAAAUCCCUCAGCCAACGCCAACGCGCCCGCCUCGGUCUCUUCGUCGUCGUCAUCCUAAACCUAGGCGUCUACAUCUGGUCCAUAAUCAUGCAAACAAAAUUCAACGCCCACUCCCCCGGCCGCAUCGAUUGGGACGACUCACUCUACCCCUCCGCCUUCCUUCCCUACUUUUUCGUACAGACCACUGGGCCACUCUCGCAAUCGUAUAUGUAUUGGUUGCUUUCGUCGUUCGCGACCGACGCUCAAGCAAAUGUGCGCAAUGGAGCUGCGUUUAGGUGUUUGGAGGCUAUUGGGCAAGCGAUAAGUUAUGGUAUGAAUACGCAGACGGAGGCUUCUCCGUUGAUUGGGAUGGGUGUGAGCUUUGGGCUUAUGGCUUUGGCGACUGCACCGAUGGUGUUGUUGACGAAUAAGACGCCUGAUCGUAUUCCUGCUGAUGUUAUCUUGGAGGGGCAGGAGGCGAGUGAUGCAAAGAUUGGAUACGAGCCUGAGGUCGUUACUGGAAAGGUGGAUCAGAAGUGA